ACGUCACACUGCUUUACUCAUUCGCCUCGACGCCCACUUCAGUGUUCACUCUUUGUUUCUAUUCAAACGCGAUGGCUCCGGAGGCAAUGGAUUUGGCAUCUGCACAAGUACAACCUGACGCGAAGACGCGGCGCUACGAUCGGCAACUGAGGUCCGCUCGGAUCCCCCCGUUUUGUUCUCUUUGACAUAGAGAUCAGAUUGUGGGCUGCUUCCGGCCAAACUGCGCUGGAAAACUCGCGUCUGCUAGUCAUAUCCGGGUCCGCGACCUCGACGUCCAUCCUCAAGAACUUGGUUCUCCCUGGUAUCGGACACUUCACCAUCCUCGAUCCGCGGACCGUCUCCCCGCGCGAUGCGGGAAACAACUUCUUUCUUGAGGGCAGUGAGAGCAUCGGAAAGUCCCGUGCCGAGGAAGCUGUUCGGCUGCUCUCCGAGCUCAAUGACGGUGUCGAAGGGAGAGCGGACCAGUCACGUUUGGAGGACAUCCUCGAUACGAACCCCGGGUACUUUGCGCCGUAUACUGUUGUGAUCGCGCACAAUCUGGAGCCCAGGCUGCUGAAACGCCUCUCAGCUCUGCUCUGGGAGGACGACACUCUGCCGAUCUUGGUGGCCGUUAACUCGGCUGGUUUUCUGGCUGAGUUCACAAUCCAGUUCCACGAGCAUACAGUCAUCGACAGCCACUCGGAAACAACACCGUCAUUACGAAUCGACAAAGCGUUUCCUACUCUACAAGAAUACGCGACUUCCCUGGACUUGCAGAACAUGGAUCCCACCGAACACUCUCACAUUCCUUACGUUGUCCUCCUCGUCCGUGCUUUGGCAGAUUGGAAGGCCGGGCACGAUGGCAAGGCACCGCAGACGUACGACGAGAAGAAACUGUUCAAGGAGGCACUGCAGGACAUGAAGACCAAGUUUGACGAGGAGAACUUUGACGAAGCAGAGGCCCAAGCCUACCGAUGUUGGACGGAAACUCGGGUGCCGUCGGAGAUCUCCGCACUAUUCCAGGAUCCGAAAUUGAGCGCACUUGGUCCCAGCUCACCUCCUUUCUUCCAUCUCCUCGAUGCCUUGCGGCAAUUCACGCAGCAACCUCCACAUACGUUGCCUUUGAGCAGUACACUCCCUGACAUGAAAGCCAACACGACCAACUAUAUCCACUUGCAAAAGCUGUACAAACAGCGGGCUGAAGAGGAGAAGGCGGUGUUCAAAAGUUUCCUCACGGUGCCCCUGGAAGAUGAUCUCAUUGAUUCUUUCGUGAAGAACUCGCACGGGCUCAAGUUGCUGCGUGGAAGGAAGUACGGAAGCUUGGAUUCUGACCCUGCCGCUCUGGCUGCGGCCAUCGAGUCCUCGCCAAAGGCCGCUGCGACACACCUGGCUCUUUCUGCUCUCGCCAUUGUCGGAACAUCGCAGCCAUCAGAGGCCGCAUUGACUGCCGCGGCCCAGGCCUUGUUACCACCUGGAACCGAGCUGCCGGAAGAAUUUGCUCUGUCCGUUGGUGAAAUCGCCCGUUCUCCGGACGCCGACUUGCCAAACACGGCCGCAUUCCUCGGUGGACUAGUCGCACAGGAGGUGAUUAAGAUGAUCACCAAACAGUAUGUGCCGAUUGACGGGUACUGUGUCGUCGAUCUCAUCGAGACCUGGACGGGGAUCAUCUAGUCUCGUGUUGGUGUUAUAUAAGUAAGGGUAAUGUAGUAGACUUGAAAGUGUGUACAGUCGCUGCAGCAGUAUCUUUGCCCGACUCGA